AUGACCGGCAAAACACAGACCAGCAAUGUUACCAAUAAGAAUGACCCCAAGUCAAUCAACUCCAGAGUCUUCAUUGGCAAUCUGAACACAGCCAUUGUCAAAAAAGGUGACAUAGAGGCAAUCUUUGCAAAGUACGGAAAAAUAGUUGGCUGCUCAGUGCACAAAGGUUAUGCAUUUGUACAGUAUAUGAGUGAGAGGCAUGCGAGGGCUGCGGUGGCAGGAGAGAAUGCUAGGAUCAUUGCAGGACAACCACUCGAUAUCAACAUGGCAGGAGAACCAAAACCAUACAGACCAAAACCUGGAAACAAGCGGCCACUUUCAGCCCUUUACAGACUUGAUUCAAAGGAACCUUUCCUGUCUGUUGGAGGUUAUGUCUUUGAUUAUGAUUACUACAGAGAUGAUUUCUACAAUCGAUUGUUUGAUUACCAUGGUCGUGUCCCACCACCACCUCGUGCAGUGAUACCAUUGAAGCGCCCUCGUGUGGCCAUGACAGCAACUCGUAGAGGGAAAGGGGUUUUUUCCAUGAAAGGGGGAUCGCGAUCAACGUCUAGUGGGGCAUCUUCUUCAGGAUCCAAAUUGAAAUCAGAUGAGUUGCAAACAAUCAAGAAGGAAUUAACCCAAAUCAAAACAAAAAUUGACUCCUUGCUAGGGAGACUGGAGAAGAUUGAAAAACAGCAGAAGGCUGAAGCAGAAGCUCAAAAGAAGCAAAUGGAAGAUAAUGCUGAUUUGAUCCAAGAGGAAUGCAUAUCAGAGAAUGCAGAUAACUCUACAGAAGAGCCUAUUGAAGUAGGGCCAGAUGCAGAUGGGGAUGGAGAAGAGAUGACUGAUGGAAUAGAGGAGGAUUUUGAUGAGGAUUGCAGCAAUGAGCUGAAACACAGUUGGACAAUUUCCCUGGUGUACUGA